AUGCCUUUCCUAUACGGCAACCACGUUCUCAAAGCGCACCUUGGUCGUAUAACCGAAGAUACACCUGAACAUCAAGGUGUCGUAGUCUUCAGCAUGAAUGAUAUUCCAUUAGACAUCUGUACGCAAUGGCUGGCCUUGUCGGACGCAGAUCUCACUCAGGACACCAUAGAACAGCUACUGAAGCCUGUUACGGAUGACCUCUGGGUGGCAGCUGCAUGCGUGGAUCGCAUUCUCGAGGACGCGACAGUCCAACGGUCCAUCGUCGAGUUAGGGAUAGACCGCACGGAGUCGGCCCUCACGCGUUGUCGUGAUGUCUACGCCGACACUACACAUGAAGCGGAAGACGACGAUGCUGCAGAGCAGAGGAAUGGCGACGCUCGCCAGUCGGAGGCGCAGGGAUGGUCUGCUUCACUACUCUCGCAUUUCCGUGCGCAAUCAGCAGAUGCUCAGCUAUGCCGAAUACGCUCAGUGCUUCUCGACCGCCUCGAUAGGUUGAACACAUACGUCGCGGUAUGCAAGGAAGCAUCAAUCCAGCCUGACGCGGACGAUCUGGUAGACGACGAGUGGGAGGAUGAUCCCUGGGCGGAGGGAUCUGGGGAACCCUCUACAUCCACGUCCGCUACUUCUCGCGAACCCCUCAUCCCCCUAUCCACCUUCCUGACCACCGACCUGCUACACGCGGCAUGCCUUCUAGCAUCCUUGGAACAAUUCACUGCGUUGCGUAUUCUCAUGGAGCGGCAUGGCACCCGUCUGUGUCCCUACCGCUUCUUGAUACUCGAUAGCGUCCCCGAACAUGCACUCGCGGUAGACUUCAGGGACAUACUACCCGUGUAUGACCCCGCGGAAGACCGGGAGAAGACUCUCGAAACCAAUCCUUGGAGGGUGGAGCCCGACUUCUCUGAGCUCCCAGAGCCAUUACCGUCCUCUGAGUUGGUAAAAUGGUACCAAGUCCGGAUUGACCUCAUUGUAUCCUCCACCGGGAUGAUCGACGCUGCAUUUUCUCUGGUGCAACAUGCAGCAUCGCAAGGUCUUCCCGGUCUCGACGAAAUGGGAGAGGAGCUCAGUCUACUCUCUCGCCUUGUCUACGACACCCACCCACCACCUCAGGGCGCAGAUGAUGACUGGACGUUGGCUCGUUGGAAAGCAAUGGAUCCCUCAGAAAUCGUUCGCGCAUACUUGGCAUAUUCUACCUCGGAGACAAUCGCGCAGGACAUAAGCAGACUUGUCAUGCCAUAUUUGUUCGUUCUCGAGUCGCGUGCAGAGCGUGCAGGGCGUCCGGACCCUACACUCCCGAAGCGCCUGCUCUAUGAGUAUAUCCUAAAUGCUCCUCUAGAACUUGUCGCCACCAUCUUUGAGGCUUCAAAACCAACUCUUCCUCCAGCUCAGCGACUCAUACGGGACGAUGAAGACAUGGCCCGUUUGGCCCUCGCAUGCCUGUAUGGUAGCGACAGCUUGAACGAGUGGCCAAUUAUGAGCCGCGUCUUUGAAUGUCUCCCUGCGUGGGACACUGCCGAGGACGACGAAGACGCCGACGAAGCGGAUACCACGAUCGCAUCACUGGGCACCUUCGUGGCACCCUCUACCAGCCGUCCGCGAUGCACAUCCGCUGAUCUUAUGCUAUUCUUCCAUCCGCUACCUUCUUCGUCUUUAUCGCGUGCUCUAGAUGUCCUGGACGUGCAUCUGGAAUCCGGUGAGAUACUCGCAAGGUGGAGUGUUCCGGCUCCGUUGCGGUGGUUCCUGCAGAGCAAUCGUAACAUAGCGGAGCAACGUUCCUGGGCGAAUAGGAUGGCAAGACGUGCUGGUGGGUCGCAAGAUAGGCUUGACACACAAGAAGAUUGGGAAUGGCUAUUGGAAGAUAUGCUGAAGCUCUCCGACGAGGGCGACAGUGGCUCGUGGAGCGCCUUCUGUCUUUUGUCAAAAGACGACAUCAUUCGUAUAUUCUUCAGCGGCCUCUUGAGCACAGGCAAGUUCGACAUCGCCAAGAACUUGCUGCAAUCGCACAACAUACAUCUGUCAUUGGAUCCUCGGGUCAUCGAAGAUAUAUGCCUUACAUGUUCGCAAGAAUUCUAUGACAACGCAACUUCGGGCAACUAUCAUUUCGGCGACAUGAAACUGGCUUAUGACUGCCUCGACAUUCCUCCGCCCUCAGAGCGUAUCAUCAAGGAGAAAGAGUUCAUCGAGGCAACGUCUCGGCUGUGCUCGUUCAACCUGAUGUCGCGUCCUGGCAUGCCGAUCACACCCCUGGAAAUCCGGCUAACCAAGGAUCGCCUGACCCUUGUGUCUCGCGUUCUGUCCAGUAACAACGAUGCAUACAAGCACGCGCAAGUCAUCCUCGACCUUGUUAACAAGCUUGGUUUCCGGGAGGACGUCGUUGCCAGGGUGAAGACACUCGCGAUGCUCGCCGAGACGGCGCUACAAGCAGAAGAUUUCGCCCGCGCGUAUGAGACAUGCGAGAAUAUGAUUGACACCGUUCACGAGCUGAGAUCACCAACUCAAGCCGCGACAGACCCCGCGGUAGAGGAAGCCAGCGAAGUAUGCUGGGUAGCGUGUUUCUCACUCGGACGACAUCCAGAGUUCGACGAUGUCCAGAAGAAGCUCAUCUUGCAAGGCCGCGCCCUCGAACUCUGCCCUCCAGAGAAACUCGUGGACAUCCUGGCAAUAUGGCACCGGAUCGAGGAGGAAGACGUGCAAGAACGGCGAGAACGUCUCGCAUCUACGGGCCACGGCCCCCGCGCGUCGCAAACCCAGCGUGCGGGCUCCUCAAAAGACCCUGUUGCCUCGCUCGCAGCCCGUCUACAACAUUUGCGCAUGCCAGAUAUUACGAACUCACCGCUGGUCAACCACGCCCCUGACGCGGCAGCAUUCGCCAACAAGGCAUUCAGCCAUGUCGCCGCCAACUUUCCUUUUUCUGUAGGUACCCGUGGGCGGUCACUGGCAGAUGAUCAUGACCCAUGGGGGAGCAGAGAGACGAGCAGAAGUAGGGUGGAUGGUGUGGAUGUCUCUGCUCAGGCAUCAAAGGUUUUACAGGCGGGCAUCGGCUGGCUACUCGGUGCAGAUGAUGACUGAUCGACGAGUCCUCGAAGUUGCUACUGUAUGUUUGCAUGUAGUACGGAUGGACCUAUGGACGCACCUAUAGCAUGUCUUGUUUUCCAUGUA